UUACUUAUAUCUCACUAAGUGUGCAGUGGUUUACUGAAUUUAAACAGCCAGAAUCUAAAAGUCAUGCAGAACUUUUACAAUGUUCAGAUGCUUCAAUCUUCUUCUGCUGCUGUUUUGUCUGGUUUAUCACAGCGAAAACACAUCUAUAUCUGUGUCAGGAAACAAGGGAGGAAACAUCACACUCACAUGUGAAUCUGAGGCCAAAAAUAUUUUUCACAUUGAGUUAAUUGGUGAGUCGGGAGGAAUUGAUGUUUGUCAAAAUGAAGAAUAUAGUGGACGAGUGUUUAAAGAAGGAAACUGUGACGUCGUCAUCAAGAAUCUGAUCUUCAGUGACGCUGGGAAAUACACUUUGAGAGUCCUUUACAAUAAUCAGACAGACCUGGAGCGACAAAUCAGGACGUAUCAACUUCAUAUUCAUGAUGAGAUUUCUGUGAAAACAGGCGAGGAGCUAAAGAUGUCUGUUCUGGUGUUUAAUGCUGAUAAAGUGAAGACAAACUCUAGUGGAGAGUGGAAGGAGGUUUGGACGAGAGAUCACGGGGUUCAGAGCGACCGAAUGAAUGAUGAUACUGAUAUAAACCUGAUCAUUAAAUCAUUUCUGGACAGUGAUGCAGGAACAUACAGAGUUCUGGACACUGAAGGAGAAAUCUUGAUCACAGUCACAAUCACAGAAUCAAAGGAAAAACUGGAGCACACUGAUGACACUAAAUAUGAUCCUGUCGUCUCUUGGAUUGCACUGACUGUGGUUGUGCUUCUGCUGGCUCUGAUUCUGACUGCUGUCACGUUACACAAGCGUCUGCUCAGAGGUGACCUGCGGUGUCUCUCGAGGAGGACAAGAGCCCCAGAAGCACUGAGGGCCCAUAAUGAUGUCUGCUGAGGGCCCCACAGACUCUGAUUAAACUGGAGAGGUGUGCAGGACAUUAGUGACCUCACUGCUGAACACUGAACUUUUCCUCAAUCACUCAUUUUAUGGUUUAUUAUGUUAUCACAGACACUGCUCUACUCUGAUGGUAUUCAUUUUAUUUGUGCAGCUCUUAAAAAGUCUUAAACUUGAUCUUAAACUCCCAUCAUGCACUGCAUCAUGGUUUUUGUGAACUGUAAACUCUGACUGAUCACAGUCUUAGUAACAAAGUAGCUUCAUCUUGUCCAAAUCUCAAAUCUUUUCUUGUAAUUUGUGUUCAGAGUCAACAGAUCUGCAGAAGAUUCUCUCGACAUAUUUCUGCAGUAUAUUUGUAAUGUUCAGUGCGUGUGCACAUUUAGA